CACACACACAUAUGCUGUGUCCCCCAGAGAUAUGUUUUAGUACUGAUCUCUUCUGCCGUUCAUGAGACAGACUAACUUGGCACUCUGAAGUUUUGGAGAGAGUCUUAUUUUUACCUUUUUUAAAUUCUUGUCAUUUUGUUCAUCAGCUGGAAGUUUUGACGGCACUCAUCAAAGCAACCCACUUCUCUUCCUUUCUUUUUUCAUACACCUGGAUUUUUUUCUACCUUCACUUGGAUGCUAAACUUUCUCAGUCUGAUUUUUACUUUCUUGAUUCAGAGAGCUAUCCUUCCCUUUUUUCUUCCCCCUGCACUCCUCUUUGUCUCCCAACCCUUCCUUUUUUCUGUCCUUUUCUCUGGCUAUGCACUAUGUUGUCCUCCCCUACUGUGAUCCUUCAGCCCUACGGACUCCCUGUUUACCCCCAGACAGCUACCUGCUACCCCAGCAUAGUACAGGGUGCCUCUGCCCAAGAGGCGGGGCCAGGCAAUGGCGACCCCUCACUUCCUCAGGUCUAUGCCCCACCCCCUUCAUUUCCUCCACCUGGACAAGCCCCACCCACACCUGCUGCCAGGCUGCCACCCCUUGAUUUCAACCCUGCUCAUCCCAGCUCAGAAUAUUCAGAUCUUCAUCAGUUGAGAGUCUACCAGGGCUCUCAACAUGAUGGGACGCAGUCUAUAACUACUAAUAACACGGACAAUAAUUUGGCUCCAGUAACGUCUGACCCUCAGACUCUUAGUGUUUCUGUGGCAACUGGGAGCGGGACAGGGAGUGGAAGUGAGGAGGAGGGGGCUGGUAAGGCCCAACCCAAAAGACUCCAUGUGUCCAACAUCCCUUUCAGGUUUCGUGACCCAGACCUGAGGCAAAUGUUUGGGCAAUUUGGCAAGAUUCUAGAUGUGGAGAUCAUCUUUAAUGAGAGAGGAUCCAAGGGUUUUGGGUUUGUGACGUUCGAGAGUGCAGAAGAAGCAGACAGAGCAAGAGAGAAGCUCAAUGGUACUAUCGUUGAGGGAAGGAAGAUUGAGGUGAACAACGCCACAGCGAGGGUGGUGACGAAGAAGCCCCAGACACCUUUAGUGAACGCUGCUGGGUGGAAGAUCAAUCCAGUAAUGGGAGCGAUGUAUGCUCCUGAACUUUAUACAGUCGCCAGCUUUCCUUAUCCUGUGCCCACGCCAACCUUGGCCUACAGAGGCUCCGCCCUCCGUGGCCGUGGUCGAGCAGUCUACAAUACCAUACGGUCAGCAGCAGCAGCCACACCAGCUGCAGUACCAGCCUAUCCAGGGGUGGUAUAUCAGGAUGGAUUGUACAGUGCUGAGGUUUAUGGAGGAUAUCCAGCCACAUAUCGAGUGGCCCAGUCAGCCUCCGCUGCUGCAGCAGCCACAUACAGUGAUGGAUAUGGGAGAGUCUACACCACAGCAACAGAUCCCUACCAUCACUCAGUGGGACCCACCACAACUUAUGGAGUUGGAACAAUGGCAAGUUUGUACCGUGGAGGAUACAACCGCUUUACUCCAUACUGAACUGAAGUUCACUUCCUUUGUGAUUGUUUGUUCCUGACAAUGACGAGACUUCUGAGGAACUGUUUGACUUUGAGAUUGUAUAUUGUAAAUAAUGCAGCUGACACUUUGCUAUUUAUUGGGAAAAGAUUAACCCAGCCUGAAAACCUUAGGAAUUCAAUUUAUGGACGUUUAUUCUUGUCUGAAUGCAAGGAAACAGGUUUUAUCCCAACCCUCCACCCCUACAAAAAUGGCAGAAAACAAUAGUUCACACACCUGCAUAAUGUCUAGCUGAUGAUGAUGAUGUUGUUAUUGUCUAUGUAUUGAUACUAUUAAAGGGAUAGUUCACACGAAAAUUUAAAUUCUGUCAUUGUUUACUUACUCCUAUGACUUUCUUUCUUCUUAUGUAACCCAACAGAUUUACAGGCAGAUGUUAGGCAGAUUGCAAGACCACAGUCACCAUCCAUUUUCAUUGUAUGGACAAAAGAUGCCAACAAAGUGAAUGGUUAUUGAGACUUUAAGUCCCCAACAUUCAGCCAGAAAACUCCAUUUGUGCCUUAUGGAAGACAGAAAGUAAAAAUGGUUUGGAACAACAUGAGAGUGCAUAAAUUAUGCAGUAUUGUCAUUUUUGAGUGAACUAUUCCUUUAAUGGUCCAGAAAUAGAGUUAUGACAGGCAGGUGAACACAAAGAGGCUAAUGAUUACAAAAUAGUGUCAUUUUUUAUUUUAUUUACAUUUUUAUUACAAAAUCUGGGUUGAAAAAUUAUAUAUAAUAUGUCCACAGACAUAUGGAGUGAAAAAUGCAGACCACCAAAUUUUGAAUAAUGUACAGAUUUUGCUCUUAUGGAAAGAAAUUGGUACUUUUAUUCACCAAAGUUGCAUUCAACUGAUCACAAUGUAUAUUCAGGAGAUUAAUAAUGUGAUUUUUUUUCAGAACUUCUUAAACUACUUCAAAGAGUUCUCAUAAAAAAAUCCGCCAUCUGCAGCAAUGACAGCUUUGCAGAUCCUUGGCAUUUUAGCUGUUAGUUUGUCCAGAUUCUCAGGUGACAUUUCACCCCACACUUCCUGUAGCACUUCCCAUAGAUGCGGCUGUCUUGUCGGGCACUUCUCACGCACUUUACAGUCUAGCUGAUCCCAAAAAAUCUCAAUGGGGUUAAGAUCCAUAACACUCUUUUCCAAUUAUCUGUUGUCCAAUGUCUGUAUUUCUUUGCCCACUCUAACAUUUUCUUUUUGUUUUGUGUUUCAAAAGUGGCUUUUUCUUUGCAAUUCUUCACAUAAGGCCUGCACCCUGAGUCUUCUCUUUACUGUUGUACAUGAAACUGGUGUUUAGAGGGUAGAAUUCAAUGAAGCUGUCAGCUGAGGACAUGUGAGGCAUCUAUUUAUCAAACUGGAGACUCUGAUAUACUUAUCCUCUUGUUUAGCUGUACAUCUGGCCUUCCACAUCUCUUUCUGUCCUUGUUAGAGCCAGUUGUCCUUUUGUCUUUGAAGACUGUAGUGUACACCUUUGUAUGAAAUAUUCAGUUUUUUGGCAAUUUCAAGCAUUAUAUAUCCUUCAUCCCUCAAAACAAUGAUUGACUGAAGAGUUUCUAGAGAAAGCUGUUUAUUUUUUGCCCUUUUUCAUCUAAUAUUGACCUUAAGACGUGCCAGUCUAUUGCACACUGUGGCAGCUCAAAAACAAACAGAAAGACAAAGUUAAGCUACAUUUAACAAACCAAAUAGCUUUCAACUGUGUUUGAUAUAAUGGCAAGUGAUUUUCUAGAACCAGAUUAGCAAAUUAGUAUGAUUACUCAAGCAUAUGGCAUUGGAGUGAUGGCUGCUGGAAAUGGGACCUGUCAAGAUUUGAUCAAAAAUUACUUUAUUUAAAAAAAAAUUGUGAUGGUGCUGUUUUUUUACAUCAGUAAUGUUCUGACUACUUUGUGAUCAGUAAAUGCCACUUUGGUGAAAUAAAGUACCAAUUUCCUUCCGAAACUCUGCAAACUCUGUACAUUAUUCCAAAUUUUUGGCCGCCAGUGUACCCAGGUUUGGGUUUGUGUUGGUGUGUGUGUUGGAGUGGAUUUUGAGUGCGUGUGAUUUUAAAGCUAUCAAAAGCAAUACUGUGAGAUACAGCAAUGGCACUGGUGUUGGUGAUUUGUUAUCUUCCAAUCUACCUCUGAACUAAAUAUCUCUUUAUUCUAAUUUUCUGCAAACCUCUCACAUUUUUCCUUUGCAGCAAUUUCUAUAUCUUCAUUAUGAAUGGCUUGCUUUUUCAUGUUUUUUUUU